AUGAGGGCCUCACGAUUACUCGUCAGCAGAGCCUUGAGCUCCAGACGGGAGUUCUCAUCCUCGACGGCGAGGAGAGCAAUCAACAAGAUCUGCGGCUCCGCGCAGGAAGCAAUCAAGGACAUGAAAGGCAGUACUACAGUCCUAGUCGGCGGAUUUGGGUUCUCUGGGGUGCCGAGUUCAUUAAUUAAUGCACUGCGAGAUCGACCGGAUUUAAAGGAUUUCACGGUGGUGUCGAAUAAUGCUGGGAUGCCUGGCGUUGGGCUUGGACAGCUGCUGGAAACUAAGCAAAUCAGCAAAAUGAUAGCUUCCUUCAUUGGGGAAAACAAGGCAUUCGAGAAGAUGUACAUCACAGGCGAACUCUCCCUCGAACUCACACCUCAAGGUACAAUGGCAGAGAAGUGUGCGGCAGGAGCUGCAGGAGUGCCAGCAUUCUACACACCCGCAGCUUAUGGAACAAUUGUUCAAACCGGCGAGCUACCCGUCCGCUACAACAAAGACGGCACCGUCGCGGUCAUGUCGAAACCCAAAGAGACCCGCGAGUUCAACGGAAAAGCCUACGUAAUGGAAGAAGCCAUCUUCGGCGACUAUGCCUUCGUCAAAGUGCACAAAGCGGAUCGAAUGGGCAAUUGUCAGUUUCGAAAAGCGCAGAAUAAUUUCAAUGAGUGUAUGGGGAAGAAUGCUAAGGUGACGCUGGUAGAGGCAGAUCAGAUUGUUGAGGUCGGCGAGAUUGCGCCUGAAAAUGUGCAUUUGCAAGGGAUUUAUGUUAGCAAGGUUAUACAAAGUACCGAGGAGAAGAAGAUUGAGAAGUUGACGUUGAGGAAGAGUCCUGAGGAGUUGAAGGAUGCGGCCGGUGCUGCUACCAGCAGAGAACGCAUCAUCAAGCGCGCAGCGAAAGAGUUCAAGGAUGGGAUGCAUGUCAAUCUCGGUAUCGGGAUGCCACUCAUCACGCCCGCCUUCCUCGAGCCUGGCAUUGAAGUCGUCCUACAAUCCGAAAACGGUAUUCUUGGGAUGGGAGGAUAUCCUACUCCUGGGGAAGAAGAUCCGGAUUUGAUUAAUCCGGGGAAGGAAACUGUUACACUUGCGAAUGGUGCGAGUCUGUUUGGAAGCCAUGAGAGUUUUGGGAUGAUUCGGGCGGGCAGAAUUGAUUUGACUAUGCUGGGCGCGUUGCAAGUGGGCAUGUAUGGAGAUCUUGCCAAUUUCAUGCUUCCUGGGAAGGUCAAGGGUAUUGGAGGAGCUAUGGAUCUUGUUGCUAACUCUACCAAGACGAAAGUAGUAGUGACUAUGGAUCAUGUCGAUAAGAAAGGCAAUCCGAAGAUUUUGACUGCCUGCACUUUCCCCCUAACGGGCCAAAAAUGCGUCUCAAGAAUUAUCACCGAGCUAGCAGUGUUUGAUGUUGACUCCACAGAGGGGUUGACACUGAUUGAGGUUGCGGAUGGAGUGACGGUUGAAGAAGUGAAGGCGAAGACUGAGGCACCAUUCAAGGUAUCACCUGAUCUGAAGGCUAUGUUAUAG